AUGUUCAAGUACAUGGUCAAGUACAUGAACAAUUACAUGGUCAAGUACAUGGUCAAGUACAUGGUCAAGUACAUGAUUGAGUACAUGAUCAAUUACAUGGUCAAGUACAUGAUUGAGUACAUGAUCAAUUACAUGGUUAAGUACAUGAUUGAGUACAUGAUCAAUUACAUGGUCAAGUACAUGAUUGAGUACAUGAUCAAUUACAUGGUCAAGUACAUGAUUAAGUACAUGAUCAAUUACAUGGUCAAGUACAUGAUUGAGUACAAGCAAUCUAUCGAUCAGCCAGUUGAGCUGCUGUUUACGUAUAUUUUUACCAACAAAGGGCGUUAA